AAUAUUUGGAAAUAUGUGUGUGUGUGUUUGGACUCUUCAUUAAAUUUUAGAAUUGACAAUGCUAUGACUUGCCUUUGCACACAGUUUACUUAAUGUGAUAAAAUCUGUACAACUUUAGGAGUUUUUUUGGAAGUUAAUUUGUUGGAAUAAAUAUUAGGCUAAGAUGGUGAUUCAUGAAUUGAGUGAAUCUGGCUUAAAAUCUGCAUUUAAGCUCUGAACUGUGGUCUCUUGAUACACAUUAAAGUCUGGUGGCAAAGACUGCUUGUAGUACAAAAACUAAAUGCACAUACAAAUAGUCAGAUAUGGAAGGAGAAGUCAUUUAUAUGGUCCUUGAGUAUUCCGAUGUCAGCUACAAUGACUACUUUUCUCUAUAUAUUUUGUACAUGUAAUCCAGAAGCAUUUAUAUCGUAACCUGGCAUUUUUAUUGAACACUCAGAUUUAUCCUAUUAACAAUGUCACUCUCCCUGUUCACUCUUAUUAAGUUUCAUGCUAGUGAUAGUGUUUGUUUUGCAGUUUAAUUUGGUUCGGGAUCUUUGAAUGUGAAGUAUGGGAAGGCUGCCUUGUUGUGAGAAAGGAGUAAAGAAAGGUGCUUGGACUGCUGAAGAGGACAAGAUUCUUGUUGAUUAUAUCUCCAAAAAUGGACAUGGUACCUGGCGAUCUGUUCCAAAAAAUGCAGGUCUCCUUCGCUGUGGGAAAAGCUGCCGGCUUCGGUGGACAAACUAUCUACGGUCUGACAUUAAACGCGGUCCAUUCACUCCUGAAGAAGAGAAUACAAUCAUCCGGUUGCAUGGAGAACUUGGUAACAGGUGGGCUUCUAUAGCAUCUCAUUUGGAAGGAAGAACAGACAAUGAGAUAAAAAAUUUCUGGAAUACCCAUCUAAGGAAGAAGCUAAACAAGACACAGAACACAAACCUUCUAACCGGCCAGCCAUCACUCAGUUCCUCCAAAAAAAUGGACUUAAAAACUGAGUCCCCAUCAACCAGUCACAUGGUGCAGUGGGAAAGUGCCAGAGUUGAGGCUGAGACUCGGUUUUCCUUGAGUUCGUCACUGGCCGUCCCCCCACCGAAAGUUGAACACCAGUCUGAUUACUUCCUAAAAUUAUGGAACUCUGAAGUAGGGGAAUCAUUUAGAAAGAUAAAGAAAGAACCAGAAAUGACUUUUCAACAGCCAAAACAGGAGAUGUGCUCACCAUCAAAAGUUGAAUCAGUCUCCGUGAUCACUACUCAGGCUGAAGGUGCAGGGGCGACCCUUCCCUUGCGUGACAUGGCUGACAAUGGAAAGGAGAUGCAGCUCAUCACACCGGAUAAUGAAAACGACAUAGUCGGAUCAAUUUCCUCAGGUUCAUAUGAACUUAAUAGUUGCUCAGACGCGGCACUGGACCUGCUGUUGGACAUCCCAGGUGGAAACUACAUGGAUUUUCUUCAAGAGGACAAUUAUGAUGUCUCCCUUUACCUCCAAAGUCUAAUGUGAGGGCGUAACUUGUAGUUGAUGACUUAGUUGUGUGGCUACUUCUCAUGGGAUCCUUGAAAUGCCAGGUUUUGUUUUGCAAUGGUCACAUUAAAAGCCAGACAACUCUAAAAAUUAGACCUUUAGAAGAAACCUGUAAUGGUCUGCAAGAUUGAUAUUUAAUAUAUACAGUAACUAGACUAUUUUGUUA